CGCGAACGCACAGAGCAUGAUAAGAAUUACGCGUCUUUCUGCCUGUUGCGCCCCAAGCAUGCAUUCGACGACGCCGGAAUCCGCGAGAGGACACAGAUCGUCGGCAGCGAAAACGGCGCGCGAGAAUUGAAUGGGUAACAUGGUUUCUGAGAUAAGCUGGUAAUGUUCUGGCCAACCUGUCAUACUAAAGACUGAGGAAACUUCUCCACCUAAAACAUCUGUCGUGACGGACGGAGCUGAGAGUGUAUAGAACCUUUCCUGCUCCAGUGCUCACAUACGUGGAAGGAUAAUGGAGAAGCCGUUAUAAUAAUGAGCUCUACGUGCUGUACGGGGGCUGGACAUGUCAUGAGAAUGGCACCGGACGAUUCAGCCCGUAAAGCCCCUUCAGGUCGUUCACAUGAAAGAAGCCUGGUAGGCCCAAAUUGAGCCCAAACACCGCGAAUCGGCUGUAACACCUGAUAAGCAAAUAAAAGUGUUUCCCGUGCCUACAGUCCUGACGAUCACCGCUUCAUCUCGUCGGGUCAAGUUUCAUAAGCAUUUGAUAGUGAACAAAAAGCCUCACCUCAUCGCUAAGGCUAGUGAAAAUAAGUGUCCCAAAACUAGCAGGACAACGUACAAAAAAGACUGCAAUUGCAUUAUCACAUUAUUGCCACGUUGUAUUCGUCGUGCCAGAUUGAUAACCGGCAGCGAAAGAAGCAGCAGCAGCGAAAGCCGGUGCGAAAACCGACGAUCGUAGACGACGACGGACCGCAGCGGUGACGGAGACGAUUGAACGAGGACGCACACAAUGACGCGCGGUGUGCUUCGCCUGUGUUGCCAGCAGGGAGAUGCACUGCUGCAAAUAACGCGACCGUUGCAUCCGCUGCGAUUGUUUUCAGGUAGCGUAAAACUACUGCAAAAGGAUGGCAAACCGGCAACGGCGGUUAAGGGUGUACCCUACCAGAAUCUGGUAAUCGGUGUACCGAAGGAACGAUGGGCCAACGAAAAGCGAGUUUCCGUUACUCCAGUUGUCGCUGGAACGCUCAUCAAGAAAGGGUUCAAGGUGCAGGUGGAAAGCGGAGCCGGUGUAAAUGCCAAGUUCCGUGAUGCCGAUUACGAAGCGGCAGGAGCGAGUAUCGUGGACGGCCGAAAGGCGUUUGAAACUGAUAUUGUGCUGAAAGUGCGACAACCGAUAGACACGGAAAUUCCCCAGCUUAGGGAUGCCUCAACGCUGAUCUCCUUUCUGUAUCCCACCCAAAACAAGGAACUGAUCGAUAAGCUCGCUCAACGAAAGAUUAACGCAUUCGCAAUGGACGCAAUUCCGCGAAUUUCGCGCGCCCAAGUGUUCGAUGCACUUUCCUCGAUGGCCAACAUUUCCGGCUAUCGGGCGGUGAUUGAGGCGGCCAACCACUUCCCACGCUUCUUUACCGGCCAGAUAACGGCAGCCGGUAAGGUGCCACCGGCCAAGAUUCUGGUUAUCGGUGGUGGAGUGGCCGGUUUGGCUGCGAUCGGGCAGGCUCGUGGUAUGGGUGCGAUCGUGCGUGCGUUCGAUACGCGCCCGGUGGUGAAGGAACAGGUGGAAAGCAUGGGUGCGGAAUUCUUGACCAUCAACAUCAGCGAGGACGGUUCGACGGCCGGUGGGUACAGUAAGGAGAUGAGCAAGGAGUUUAUCGAGGCAGAAAUGGCGCUGUUUGCGAAGCAGUGCAGGGAGGUGGACGUGAUCAUUACCACGGCGCUCAUUCCCGGCAAAAAGGCACCACUACUCAUCACGGAGGAAAUGGUCAAAUCGAUGAAGCCGGGCAGUGUGAUCGUGGAUCUUGCGGCCGAAGCUGGCGGCAACGUGCAGACAACCGUGCCCGGCGAGAUCAAGGUUGUGCACGACGUGGUACACGUUGGUCUUACCGAUUUCCCGAGCCGGCUGCCCACCCAGAGCUCCACACUGUACGCCAACAACAUCUCCAAGUUUCUGCUCUCGAUGGGCGAAAAGGAUCACUUCCACAUCAAUCUCGAGGAUGAAGUGGUGCGUGGAAGUAUCGUGCUGCAGGGAGGCAACCUAAUGUGGCCACCGCCAGUAAUUCCCGUGUCUGCAAAACCACCGCCGGCGGUAGCGGCCAGCGCCACUGCCGGUGCGGCCAUCAAGGUGGAAGCACCACCGGCCGAUCCCUUCAACGAAACGCUCCGCAGCAGUCUCAUGUACACGGGCGGCCUUGGCACGCUGCUCGGGCUCGGCGCAAUCUCGCCGAACGCUGCCUUUACCACCAUGAUGACUACGUUUGCGAUGUCCGGCAUUGUGGGCUAUCACACGGUGUGGGGUGUAACGCCGGCCCUACACUCUCCGCUCAUGUCCGUCACGAACGCCAUCUCCGGCAUCACGGCCGUCGGUGGGUUGCUGCUGAUGGGUGGCGGUGUGAUGCCUACGAACACGAUCGAAACGCUCGCUGCCGGUGCGGCCCUCAUCUCGUUCAUCAACAUCUUCGGCGGGUUCCUGGUGACGCAGCGCAUGUUGGACAUGUUCAAGCGCCCGACGGAUCCUCCGGAGCACAACUAUCUGUACGGCAUUCCGGCGGCAGUGUUUCUCGGCGGUUACGGUGUCGGUGCCCUGCAGAGCCUGCCCGAAAUUCACCAGAUGGCGUACCUUGCGUCGAGCCUUUGCUGUAUCGGUGCGCUGGUUGGAUUGUCCUCGCAGAAAACCUCCCGGCUGGGUAAUUCGCUCGGUAUGAUGGGUGUUACCGGUGGUAUUGCGGCCACCCUGGGACACAUGGCACCGAGCGCGGAGGUGUUGAUGCAGAUGGGCGGCGUAGCCGGACUCGGUGGGCUGAUCGGUUCGAUCAUUGCCAAGCGCAUUCAGAUUACGGAUCUGCCCCAGCUGGUGGCUGCGUUCCACAGUCUGGUCGGUGCAGCGGCCGUUCUGACGUGUGUGGCUACGUACAUGCACGACUUCCCUACGCUGGCCACCGAUCCGGCGGCGAACGUGCUCAAGACGGCACUGUUCCUUGGUACCUACAUCGGAGGAGUCACGUUUAGUGGAUCGCUCGUUGCGUACGGUAAGCUGCAGGGCGUCCUGAACUCGGCACCGCUGCUGCUGCCCGGUCGACACUUUAUAAACGGCGGGCUUUUGGCGGGUAAUUUGGCCGCUAUGGGUGCGUUCUACCUGGAGCCCUCGAUGGCUGGUGGAUUGGGUCUGCUGGGCGCUACUGCUGCCAUGUCCACCGCGAUGGGAGUUACGCUGACCGCGGCUAUCGGUGGUGCAGACAUGCCGGUCGUCAUUACCGUGCUGAACUCCUACUCGGGCUGGGCCCUGUGUGCGGAAGGGUUCAUGCUGAACAACAACCUGAUGACGAUUGUCGGCGCGCUGAUCGGUUCGUCCGGUGCCAUUCUUUCCUACAUCAUGUGCAAAGCGAUGAACCGCUCGCUGCCGAACGUUAUACUCGGUGGGUACGGUACCACCUCGACCGCCGGUGGUAAGCCGGCCGAAAUCGUGGGCACCCAUACGGAGGUCAAUGUGGAUGGGGUGGUGGACAUGAUCAAGAACUCCAAGAACAUCAUCAUUACGCCCGGGUAUGGUUUGUGUGUGGCCAAGGCACAGUACCCGAUCGCGGAGAUGGUCAACCUGCUGAAGGCUCGCGGCAAGAAGGUGCGGUUCGGUAUUCAUCCGGUUGCGGGCCGUAUGCCGGGUCAGUUGAACGUGCUGCUGGCGGAAGCCGGCGUGCCGUACGAUGAUGUGCUCGAGAUGGAGGAGAUCAAUGAUGACUUUGACGAGACGGACCUGGUGCUGGUGAUCGGUGCGAACGAUACGGUGAACAGUGCGGCCGAAGACGACCCGAACUCGAUCAUAGCCGGUAUGCCGGUGUUGCGUGUGUGGAAGGCGGAUCAGGUUGUUGUCAUGAAACGCUCGCUAGGCGUCGGAUACGCGGCCGUAGACAAUCCAAUCUUCUACAAACCGAACACAUCUAUGCUGCUCGGCGAUGCCAAGAAGACGUGUGAUGCGCUUCUGGGCAAGAUCAAGGAAGACAUUUAGAGUGAAAGGCACGAUCAGGGACAUUCGGGACAUUGAUGCGGAACUGGGUACUUUACGCGAACUGGACUCGACUGGUUGCCAUGAAGCAGCGCAAGCAUUUAAUUAAGUGAUGUGUAUGUAAGAAUACAGUGCGAAAAACAAAACGUGGCCAUACGUGUUAAUAUUUUACGGUUUAAAGUAAAUUGUGUAAAAUAAAAUUCUUUUUAUGCUGUA